AUGGCUGCUGCCUUGGUUGCAGCCAGCGUGGCGGCACCCGGCCCUGCACAGGCCGAAGUUCCCAAGCUCUCCUUCUUCGGCCUGGGAGGUGGUGUCUCGGAUGUCUACAACCAGAACGACAACCCGGUCAACCCUUACUCCCAGUUCAGCGAGGUUGGCGCAGACAACGUCUACAAAGGCCGCACCGACCAGGAGGUGGCACGCAGGAAGAAGGCCCUCCUGGCGUCCUUCGAGCGCUUCGAGAAGACCCCUUUCUACAUCAAGACCAAGCAGUCCCAGCAGCUGACCUCCAACCUCCAGGAGGCUGCAGGCCUGAAGCAGGACAUGCUCUACUUCUCUGAGCCCGAGGGUUCUGAGGCCUGGAACAAGGCCAAGACCUUCUCCCAGAAGGUUUCCACCGUUGGCGUUGACGGCCGCAACAAGGAGUGGGGCCGUGCCAACCAGGACUACGAGGUUGCAGCGAACGUGCUGAAGGAGUGGAAGGCUCUUGUGAAGUUCUGA